UCACUUUGCUAUAUUUUUUUUUUCUUCUCAUUGCUAUAAAUGCAGUCUUCUAGUAACCUUAUUUUUGCUUUGCCUUUACUAUUCACCCUCUCUCUCUCUCUCUCUUGUGUGGUUUCCUCCAUUGCAAACCAAGCUUGCUUUUCCAGCUUUACUGAUGUGCCUCUUUCCUCCACAUUCACAAAUCCCUACCUACCAUUUUUAACGCCCAUCUCUGCUUUUUGUUAGCCAUCUCACAGCUCUAAUAAUCUCCACCAUUUGAAGGGAAAAACAAGAAAAAAGAAAAGAACUCUUCCCCCUUAUAAGGAAUGGAUUUUUGUCUGGCAUUGUUAGGGGAAAAAAUUGCUCUCUCAUUUACGUCGUUUUUAUUGUUUUCUUGAAUUCUUUUUGGCCCACUGCAGACCCAUUCCCUUCUACUUCUAAACUACUCCUUCUUCAGCUGCUGAACUUUCUUUUUGGCUACUCUAUUUUCUUUUUUUUUUUUUGCCCCUUUAUUUCGCUUUUCCCAGUUUUUUCUUUGGUGGGUUCCUUGUAUUUCAUAUCUGCAUUGGCGUAUCUAUGCUCAUUGAGCCUCUGUUGAGACAAAAAAGUGCCCUUUCUUUGCUUCUUUGGGUUCUCAAGGAAGAAGAUCAGGGGGGUUAAGUUCGGAUCACUCGCGAAGGAUCAAUGGAUUAAGCAUUGUUUAGAACUUAGGAGAUACAGAGUUUCUUCCUAGAACCCGAACUGUGGAAAAUGUCCUCGGAAAGUUUAAAUGCUGAAUUAUCGAAGAAAUAUGGAGCUCUGAAACUAUGGGUUCUUAUUGGCAUAUGCGUGGGUGCAUUUAUCAUUCUGAUUUUGGGUAUCUUAUCAAUAUGGGUCAUGUUUCGAAGGAAGUCUCGAAGGACCUUGGACAAGUACUCUCUUUGCCAAAUCCCUAAUGUCUCCAAAGAUAUCAGGGUAGACAGAGUUGGGGACCAAAGUACCCAUGAUCAUCUUGAAAGUUAUUACUUGACUGUUAAUGAUAAAUCAAGUGAUAAGAACUCGGAGAAGUUAGUUCAUUUGGGGAGGAGCAAAUCAAGUGAUGCUGAUAAUAUCAGCCAAUGCAGUUCAAUGUAUCAUCAUGAAAGGGCCGGGAGCUCUCAGUCAGGAGAGGAAGGGAGUUCUGGUAAUGCCCGGAGACACACUUCAUUGUCGUAUGGGAUUGCGAUGCCUUCUCCCUUAAUUGGUUUGCCCGAAGUAUCUCAUCUUGGGUGGGGCCACUGGUUCACACUUAGAGAUCUUGAAAUUGCAACUAACCGUUUCUCGGCAGAGCAUGUUAUUGGUGAAGGUGGUUAUGGGGUUGUUUAUCGAGGAAGAUUGGUUAAUGGGACAGAGGUAGCAGUUAAGAAGCUUCUUAAUAAUCUUGGCCAAGCGGAGAAAGAAUUUAGGGUUGAAGUAGAGGCGAUCGGUCAUGUUCGACACAAGAACCUAGUUCGGCUUCUUGGCUAUUGCAUUGAAGGAGUUCACAGGAUGUUGGUGUAUGAGUAUGUAAACAACGGCAAUUUGGAACAGUGGCUUCAUGGGGCUAUGAGACAACAUGGGACCCUAACAUGGGAAGCACGGAUGAAGGUUCUACUUGGCACUGCAAAGGCACUUGCUUAUUUGCACGAAGCUAUAGAACCCAAAGUUGUACAUCGCGACAUAAAAUCAAGUAACAUCUUGAUUGAUGAUGAGUUCAAUGCAAAAGUUUCUGACUUCGGUUUGGCUAAGCUGUUGGGAUCUGGGGAAAGCCAUAUAACAACGAGAGUGAUGGGAACAUUUGGUUAUGUGGCUCCAGAGUAUGCAAAUACUGGCUUGUUGAAUGAAAAAAGUGACAUCUACAGUUUUGGUGUUCUACUACUGGAAGCUGUUACCGGAAGAGAUCCAGUGGACUAUGGACGUCCAGCCGAUGAGGUUAAUCUUGUCGAGUGGCUGAAAAUGAUGGUUGGUAACAGAAGAGCGGAAGAAGUUGUCGACCCGAACCUUGAAGUUAAGCCUACAACUCGCGCCUUGAAACGUGCACUUCUGGUUGCACUUCGUUGUGUGGACCCUGAUUCGGAGAAACGCCCCAAAAUGAGUCACGUAGUUCGAAUGCUGGAAACUGAUGAUUAUCCUUAUCGCGAGGACCGGAGGAGUCGGAAAAGCAGGACAAUGAGCAUGGAUAUUGAGUCGACAAAGGCCGGUAGCGGGGGGCCUGAGAUGGAAAGCAGGAUAGAACGAUCUGGGAGCCAGAAAUCCGAGACAACGGAUAGAAACUGACAGACACAUGACUUGCUUGGGGGGGGGGGGGAGUUAUUGCUUCCCACCUGUCUGAUCAUAGAGCUUCUCUAUAUUAUUCACAUUUUCAAACUUUGUUUUCUGGAAAGAUUCCGUCCUCCAUGACAGAUUAAUUGAACAAGGAUGUGGCCCAGUUCGAAAUCUAGAAUCAUCGGCAGCUCUUGCAGGGCCUGAGUUGUCGUCUACCUCUGAAACGACGAAGAGAUAGAAAGGAGAAAGGUGAACAUGUUACUGUACAGGAGUUUGGCAGAUCAAAUGGGCCAUCUUUCUUAACAUUAUGAUCAUCAUUCUAUUUUCCCUUUUUCUUUAUGGGUUUUCUCAGGAUCUUGAGGAUGUUUUGUCCUAAAUAUUUAACCUUAUCCCUUCAUAGAUGACUAUGUUCUAUUAGUUUAUCAAAUUCUAUAAA